AUGAUAAUCCGAGGUCUCACGGGCUUGGAACGACAUGAAGGUCUCAAUGUGGCUUUGCGCGGAUCUGACAGCCCUUGUAAAGGCCGGCUGGAGGUGUAUCAUGGCGUUAAGAAGCAGUGGGGCUUGGUGUGUCAUUACGGGUGGAGAAAGGAAAAUGGAGAGGUUGUGUGUAAAUCAAUAGGGUGUGGGGAUCAUACACGCUCUGAUGUAGACAUGACCCUCUACAAAGAUCCACCUCUGCCCCAACAAUACUGGAUGGAUCAAGUGAAAUGCACAUCUGAAGAAGAGAGCCUUUGGAAAUGCCUUUAUGUUGGCAUCAGUAACAAUGAGAAGUGUGAUGGUAGUUUUGUUGCUGUUGAAUGCUCGGGAGAAGUUAAACUGAGUUUGAAUCUGAAUGGACAGCGUGAUGUAUGUGCUGGUGUGGUGGAGUUCUCUACAGCCAACGGCAUCAUUGGGGUCUGUAAUGAUAACUGGGGUAAGUGA